UUUGAGACUCAGCUGCUCCAGAGAGAUCAUAAAUCUUUUAAACUUUAAAAUUGAAGUCGGCCUACUUUUCCCCCCUUGUUAUUAAAGUAAUCAGCUUGGGUUAAAGGCGGUUCUUGCUUUCAGCCAGUACAUAGAAUCGGUGCUUUAGCGUUUUUCAGCCACUAGGAUGGAUUUAUUUAUUGCAUGUCAGUAACAUAUCUACUGAAUUUGUUGGAGAAAAUUCUUCCAUCUGUGGAUGUAUUUGCUUGAAUGAUCAUUUGUAAGAGAAUUAAAAGGAUCUAAGCCAGAGAGGAAAAAACGUCUGAUGCAUGUCUGAUAAACCAGAAGAACUUCUAGAAGGGGCUGAAAGAAGAGAAACGGCAGCUUUUAAAGUACCUCUGGCCAUUUUACUCUGUUGGACUGGAAUCAGAGAGGACUGAAAAUUUCCCUGAGAUCCAAUUCUCCGAUAUUGAGCUAAUCGACAACAUCCCAAUGAAUGUGUGCUUGAAAAAAUGUGUUAAUAGCACUGCUGUUACUAGUCACCAAACAUACUGGAAUAAACUCAUUUAAAAGAACUUUGGGACACUCAUCGUGAGUCACAUUCACAAUGGAACCAAUCCUUGAUCUUUCCUCCCUCCCUCACCCGACCCCCACAGUGACAUACGACCCUAAGUCUGAGACCGUGACUCUCCCGAGUGGGGUGGUCUCUGUUGCAGGCGUUACUGUGAUUACUGGGGGCACUGAACUGUCCUGCGGCUCCUGUAUGUUGGCCUUUGGGUUUUGGGGCACUUUAGUAGGCCUGAGUGCACUUUGUGUGGGACUAAGGGAGUAUUUACUGAUAAAUGAGGGGAAUAUUUCAAAUCUGCUAGCUCUGGGUUUAGUGGUCCUAGUUAUAAGUUUAGGCAUUAUAGUUGGAGUGUUUGGGUUUCGUUUUAUCAUGAAGAAGACAGGGAAAAUGAGGAGAGAGAGGGAAGAAGGAAAGGUUGUCCUGGUUGCUGAGGGAGGGCAGACUGUCAUAAAAACUAUGACUGUCUGAAAGAAGAGAUCUGAGGACUGAGCUUGUGUUUUAGUCACCCAAUAGUUUAAUAUAGUGACUAAUUCUGUGCAUUGAUUUGUCAACUGGACAUUAUUCCUAAUUCAAGAGAUUUGAUAUAUUUAUGAGCAGAAUGCUCUGUAUUUCUGACUAUGCUAUUUCUGACUAAUACUGAUACCACUGACAUUCUGAUAUUCAUCAGUCAUAAUACCUACUCAAUAUUAUGUACACUACCGCUCAAAAGUUUGGGAUCACUUGCGCAUUUCAGCUUGAUUUCAGCUACAGAGGAAGACUCCAUCAGCCAAUCCAUCUUGUGGGAGAUGCUCCAGGAAGCAUGGGGUAAAAUCUCAUCAGAUUAUCUUGAAAAAUUGACAGCUAGAAUGCCCAGACUGUAAUUUCUGCAAAAGGUGUUUGUGAAGAAAACAUUCAUCAUUUCCAUCAAAAUCAUUAUUUCUAACUCUGACAUGUCAGCAUGUCCUGUUCUUUUGCUAUAUUUUCUAUUCAGACUAAUUUCAUUUGUGUUUCCUUGGAAAACAAUAAAAUUUUUGAGUGACCCCAACCUUUGGAGCGAAAGAGUAAAUAAAAAAGAAAUUUUGGAAUAAUCAUACAUAAUAAUACAUAAUAAUCAACAUAAAUAUAAUGUUUUUAUCAUCUCUCUCUCUCUCUCUCUCUCUCUCUCUCUCUCUCUCUCUCACUCUCUGCUCACAAACAGAGAAAAUAAAACAGGAAAUAAUUAUCUGAAUUUUCUGCAAGCAGAGUGGACACAUUCAAGCAUUUCUGAUGUAAAUAGAAAACAGCAUGUGUAGAAAUGAUUUCAGAAGUUCUGUCUGAAUUCUACACUUGAAUAUUUUUUCAAAGAGAAAUAUGAAUAUAGAGCCUCAGGAACAACUUUUCUUUCUCACUAUAUUUUGAAUCCUGUUGUAUAUCCUGUAAUGAAUAUGAUAUUGUAAACUGCCGCUUAAGCUUUGUCAGGCUUGCAAAUUCAAUAAAAUAAUUGU